AUGUUGGUCCAACAAUGGCUUCAUAAACAUCAAAAUCCGGAUGAUUGUUCAAAAGCUCGUAUUGCUAUUAUAAAUAAUUAUGCCUGGUCAGGAUUAGGUUCUACAAUUCAUCAAGUUGUGUGGGCUGUUGCAAAAGCACUGGCUGAUGAUCGAAUAUUUGUCUAUGCUAAUCCAGGAACAUGGAUAUGGGCACAAUGCGAAAAGAAAAAUCCAGAUUGCUUCUUUCUUCCAGUAACCAAUUGUAGCUCAUUACAAGUUGUGGAUAACAAUCGAGUAAUUAUCAUUAAUGCGAAUGGUGGUUAUUUUGGAGCGAUAAAACGACCUUUUCCAUUUUCAAAUAGAACUUUUAAUUGGUGGCGUACACAGUUAGCCUAUUAUAUGAUACGUUUUAAUGAACGAGUAACCGAACAUAUUGAGCAAAUAACAAAUCAGACAUUUCCUCAAGGUUUAGAACAUGCAAGACCAUUAAUAGCGGUUUUUAUUCGUCGAUCCGAUAAAAUAGCACAGAAAGAAAUGUUAAGAGCUUACAGUUUACGCGAGUAUUUUGAUCUCUUUGACAGUGAUGCUAAACGAGCUUUGGUUCGGAAUGUCUAUCUUAAUUCCGAAGAUGAAGGUGUUUUUGAUGAAUUUAAAAAGAAUCUCAUAUACUCUAGUUACUAUCGUUUAUUUUACAUUAAUCAAACACGCGGUUACGUAUUUCAUCAAUUUGGAGGUCAAUCUGCCGAACGACUUUCUCAAAUUGCUCUUAAUUUUCUUACUGAUCUUUAUAUAGAGGCAAAUGCCGACAUGCAUGUUGGGACAUUGUCAUCAAAUUGGUGUCGAUUAGUCGAUGAGCUAAGAUUGAGUGCGGGAAAAAAAAUCCCUUAUUAUACACCUGAAGAAGGACAUUAUCAAGGUUUUUGA